AAUCCAAAUGGAGACUUAUUUCCUCAGCCUUACCUUUUGAUUACCUGCAGUUUUCCGAGAAACAAAACACCGGAACGACGGUUUAAAAUCUAACUCUCUCAUGCUAGAUCCGACCUGAAACUAACCUUGAUCUUAACUUCACCAGAUACCCAGAUCGAAUCUUCAAUCAGAUUUUCCCCAUGACAACUCACCAUCCAUUAAAGGCCGUGACUUUAACUCAUGUAAGGUAUCAAAGAGGUGACCGACUAGGCCAUUUCUUAGCCUGGGUUUCUUUAGUCCCUGUUUUCAUUUCCCUCGGUGGAUUUGUUUCUCAUUUUAUUUUCCGUAGAGAGCUUCAAGGAAUGUUCUUUGCAUUAGGCCUAUUAAUAUCUCAGUUCAUUAGCGAACUCAUCAAGACAUCUGUUCAACAAGCCAGGCCUGAAACCUGUGCUCUUUUAGAAAUGUGUGAUUCUCAUGGUUGGCCUUCAAGUCACUCUCAAUAUAUGUUCUUUUUUGCUGUUUAUUUCACCCUUUUGACUUGUAAAGGGAUUGGUGGGAUCUGGAAUGUUAGAACCAAGUGGGCUGCUUUGUUUCUGUACUGGUCGUUGGCUGUUUUGACUAUGUAUUCCAGGGUUUAUUUGGGUUACCAUACUGUGGCUCAGGUUUUUGCUGGAGCUGCUUUGGGGAUUUUUCUUGGUGGGGUUUGGUUUUGGCUGGUGAAUUCUAAGCUUUUCUGUUAUUUCCCUGUGAUUGAAGAGAGUGCCUUUGGGAGGUUCUUUUAUGUUAAGGAUACUUCUCAUAUAUCAGAUGUGUUGAAGUUUGAGUAUGAUAAUGCAAGGGCUGCUAGGAAAGGUAUGGCUGCCAGAAAAGCCAUGGCAACCAAGAGCAGUUGACUAAUAGGAACUCAUAGGGUCAGCAUCUGCACCUCAUUGUUUCAAGAUUCUGCUUCUAUGCCCACGGAUGAUUCAAUUAUUAAGUGAAUGCUGAUCAUGUCCUACCACUGCAUGAGAAGCUAGAUGGGAGCAUUGGUGUCAAGGAUGCUGUGUGUUAGUUAAGAGCAUUCUGCUGUUUCUUAUUGAGCAUUGAUUCUCGAAAUAUGGAAUUUAUUUCUAUCUUCAUUGGUAAUUCCAGAGUUUUCUUAUUGAGCUUGGCGUGCUGACAUCUGAAAACCAUGGUUGGCUGUUUGUUCAAUUAAACUACUGUGAAGUGAGGUAGUUAUGUUAUGUACUUCUAUUGGACUUUCACAUAAGUCGGUGCUUCUUGCUUGCGAUGCAUGCGUAAGUUGUGUCUAGGGUUGGCAGCCCAACUCGAGUCCGAUGGUUUUGAUCUGACCCGAUUACGUAGGAUCAAUUUUUUUUUUUAAUUCGAGUUUCAGGUCAGAUCGAGUAUUAUUAAAAAAAAAAUUGAUUCGAAUUUUAGGUAAAUUUGAUUCGAAUUUUAGGUAAAUUCGAUCUGAUCCGAUAUUAUAUUAAAAAUUAUUUUUAAAUUUUUAUUUAUAUAUAAUUAUAUAUAUUUUAAAAAUAAUAUUUUAUAUAUUUAAAAAAUAAUAUUUUAUUAAUUUCGAUCAAGUCAGGAUAUGAUUUAUACAAUAUCGGAUCGGGUUUAGGUUCGGAUAUAAAAAAAAAAAAAAUAGGUCGGGUCGGGUUCGAUGUUUUAUUAUUAUUAUUAAAUCGGAUCGAAUUUAGGACAAAUAAAAUCUCGUUUCGAUCUUAUCCGUUGUCAAUUUUAAUUGUGUUAUUUUCUUGUAUGUGAUCUGUAAUACUCUAUUAUGAAUAUCAUAUUUUAAGUUGUGAGAGAAGAUUUAAUAUGAUAUGAAUAAACACGAUUAAUAUAAUUAAUACAUUCA